GCAGAUCGUCCCCAGACCCCGAGGAUGCGCAUCAUGGGUCCCGGGACCCUCCUCCUGCUGCUCUCGGGGGCCCUGGCCCUGACGGGAACCCGGGCGGGCUCCCACUCCCUGAGGUAUUUCGCCACCUCCUGGUCCCGGCCCGGCCGCGGGAAGCCCCGGUUCAUCGAAGUCGGCUACGUGGACGGCACGCAGUUCGUGCGGUUCGACAGCGACGCGGCGACCCCGAGGAUGGAGCCGCGGGCGGCGUGGAUGGAGGGGCCGUGGGUGGAGCAGGAGUACCCGGGGUACUGGGACCAGGAGACGCAGCGCUGCAAGGGAAACGCACAGAAUAACCGAGUGAGCCUGAACAACCUGCGCGGCCACUACAACCAAAGCGAGGCCGGGUCUCACACCCUCCAGAGGAUGUACGGCUGCGACGUGGGGCCGGACGGGCGCCUCCUCCGCGGGUACAGGCAGGACGCCUACGACGGCGCUGACUACCUCGCCCUGAACGAGGACCUUUCCUCCUGGACCGCGGCCGACACGGCGGCUCAGAUCACCCGGCGCAAGUUGGAGGCGGCCGGUAUGGCGGAGCAAUGGAGGGGCUACUUUGAGGGCAGGUGCCUGGAGUCGCUCCGCAAAUACCUGGAGAAGGGGAAGGAGACGCUGCUGCGCGCAGGUAAGAGGGGCGCGGGUCUCCUACACGGAGAGGAGGAAAUGGGGUCAACACCAGGACACCCCGUCUCCCCGACA